ACUCUUGCCCUCCCCAUGUGGAUCUCCUUCCUCUCGUGUUUCCCAGAAGGUUCCAGGCUGUUGUCCCAUACACGCUGUCGAAAUGAUGGGCCAACAGGUUCUAGUGCUGAACCAGAAUAUAAAGAGGGAGUCUGGACGUAAGGUUCAGACAGGAAACAUCUCUGCAGCCAAGACAAUUGCAGAUGUAAUCCGAACAUGUUUGGGACCACGGGCCAUGAUGAAGAUGCUGAUGGACCCCAUGGGUGGAAUUGUAAUGACCAACGAUGGCAAUGCUAUUCUUAGAGAGAUCCAAGUUCAGCAUCCGGCCGCCAAGUCCAUGAUUGAGAUCAGCCGUACUCAGGACGAGGAGGUGGGAGACGGCACCACGUCUGUCAUCAUCCUGGCGGGUGAGAUGCUGUCCGUGUCAGAGCAGUUCCUGGAGCAGCAGAUGCACCCGACAGUCAUCAUCAGCGCCUACAGAAACGCUAUGGAUGACAUGCUCAACGUGCUUAAGGAUAUCAGCACCCCGGUGGAUUUGAAUGACAGGGCCAUGAUGCUGAAGAUCAUCAACUCUGCCAUUAACACCAAGGCCCUGAGCCACUGGUCUGACAUGGCCUGCAGUAUUGCCCUGGACGCGGUCAAAACCGUGGAGUUGGAGGACAACGGACGCAAGGAGAUCGACAUCAAGAAAUACGCUAAAGUAGAGAAGAUUCCCGGUGGGAUAAUUGAGGACUCGUGUGUACUGAGGGGUGUGAUGGUGAACAAGGACGUCACCCACCCGCGCAUGCGCAGAAUGAUUAAGAACCCCCGUAUCAUCCUGCUGGACUGCUCUCUGGAAUACAAGAAGGGAGAGAGCCAGACUGACAUUGAGAUCACCCGUGAGGAGGACUUUGCGCGCAUCCUGCAAAUGGAGGAAGAGUACAUCCAGCAGAUUUGUGAAGACAUCAUCCGCCUCAAGCCAGACCUCAUCUUCACAGAGAAGGGCAUCUCUGACUUGGCUCAGCACUACCUGAUGAAGGCUAACAUCACAGCUAUUCGCCGUGUCAGAAAGACUGACAACAACAGGAUCAGCAGGGCGUGUGGCGCACACAUUGCCAGUCGUACGGAAGAGCUGCGCGAGGAGGACGUUGGCCUGGGCGCGGGCCUGUUUGAGAUCAAGAAGAUUGGAGAUGAGUACUUCGCUUUUGUCACAGAGUGCAAAGACCCUAAAGCCUGCACCAUCCUGCUGAGAGGAGCUAGCAAGGAAAUUUUAGCGGAGGUGGAGCGUAACCUUCAGGACGCCAUGCAGGUGACCCGCAACGUUCUGCUGGAGCCCUACCUGCUACCUGGGGGCGGAGCCACCGAGAUGGCUGUGUCCCAGCGGCUCAUGGAGCGCUCCAAGGCCCUCACUGGUGUGGAGCAGUGGCCCUACCGUGCCCUGGCCCAGGCCCUGGAGGUCAUCCCCCGCACCCUUAUCCAGAACUGUGGUGCCUCCACCAUCCGCGUGCUCACCUCCCUCAGGGCCAAGCACACCCAGGAGGGUAGUGUGUCAUGGGGGGUGAACGGAGAGACCGGCACCCUAGCAGAUAUGACCGCACUGGGCAUCUGGGAGCCACUGGCGGUCAAGGCUCAGACCUACAAGACUGCAAUAGAGACGGCCAUCUUGUUGCUGCGCAUCGACGACAUCGUCUCGGGACACAAGAAGAAGGGAGAUGAGCAGACAGGAGGAGGACAGGGUGCUGAGUAGAGGGAGAUGAGCAUGCCUGGGAACCAAUAGGAAGAGGGUAAUGGAGGGUUGGUCCAUCUGAGCUAUGACUACUGUUCUGCAAAAAUGCAUUGUCAGUAUCAAGGUACACGAGUUUGUGUGUGAUUCUGUAUUCGUGUAUAUAUGGCUUAAGAUGGGACCAUUCUCCCGGGACCAAGGUGUACCUCAGCUUCUGACUGCAGGUAUUUAUUUGGAUGGAAGUGGUUGUAGACCUUGAAAAUAAUUUGGUGUACAACGUCCUCCCUUGAAGGUCCUUUUGAAGUGUUUCAGUGAAUGAUAAGCCUUCUCUAUAAGAAAGGUUGUGUUGUUGUUUAACAAGGUUGACUCUGGUUCUGAAUCCGGUUCUUCCACCAUGUCCCUCCAUUACCAAUUCCCUGGGCUGUUACCUGUGAUAGAAUCAUCCUGAAUAAAUGAAAAAUACAAAAGACAUUG